AUGGAUUAUAAUUCUUCAUUAAAUUUAAUUAAUCGUGAUGAAAAUGAAUCAAGUUUAAGUUCUCCAUCAAUAUCAAUAUAUAAUGAUGAAAAUAAUCAACAUAAUACUAUAUAUCGUAAAAAACGUUUACGUCAUCGAUUAAAUACUCAAAAAUAUUCAUCAAAACGACGACAACAACAAAUUGAAAUAAUGUCACAAGAUGAUUUACAAAAUCAACGUACUAUUGCUAAUGUACGUGAAAGACAACGUACACAAUCAUUAAAUGAUGCAUUUACACAUCUUCGUCUUAUUAUUCCAACAUUACCAUCAGAUAAAUUAUCUAAAAUUCAAACAUUAAAAUUAGCAACACAUUAUAUUGAUUUUCUUUAUCAAAUAUUACAUUCAGAUGAUGAAAAAAUAAAAAAUAUUAAAUUUUCAUCAUCAAAACAAAUUAAACACCCAACAUUAAGUUAUGCAUUUAAUGUUUGGCGUAUGAAAGGUGUUUGGUCUAAUCAUCAACAACAGACUAAUAUUUCAUUUUAUCCUGAUGAUUAUCAAGAUAAUUAA